AUGUCUCUCCAGCGUGUUGUAAAUCUUUUCAAUGCGACCCUAUUCAACCCCUUGCUGUCAGGCUUAGCCGCCGGCGCCUUGGCCUGGCGGUCUCUACAGCCGGACGGGAAGAUUGACAAAGAUGCGCUUCUAGCAAUACUGAAAACAGACAAAGGGAUCAAAGUAUGUCUGGGUUUAUUCCUUGCCGGGCUUGUGAUCCGGCUGAACGGUACAGUCUCACGGAGGGCGCUGAACCCCAGUGGAAAAGUCCGUUGGACCCCUAAGGGUGAAGUCGCAUUAGUAACUGGCGGAGCCGGGGGUAUUGGGGCGGAGAUUGUCAAGCUCAUGUCUGCCAAGGGAGUCCCAGUGGUAGUUGUAGAUGUCGUCCCUCUUCAGUUCACUCCUUCAAACGAUGGGGCCCCGGUCUCAUACUACAAGUGCGACAUUACCGACUACGAUGCCUUUCAGAAGGUGGCCAACAAGAUCCGAGAGGAGGUCGGAUCACCUACCGUCGUGUUUGCCAAUGCUGGAUUUUCGAGAACGAAGCCGGUGCUCGAAUUAUCCACGCGCGAACUUGCAUUGAUGAAUGGGGUGAAUAUCAACGGCGUGCUAUGGGCAAUAAAGCUCUUCGUUCCGGACAUGGUGAGGAAAAACCACGGCCAUAUCGUGAUCACCGCAUCUUCAGCUGCGUACGUGAGCAACCCCCGAAUGGUACCAUACUGCGGUACCAAAUCCGCCGUCCUGGCGAUCUGGGAAGGGUUGCACGCCGAACUCAUCCAGCUCUACAAGGCACCCCACGUGAAGGCCUCCGUCGUCUGCCCCAUGUUCGUGACUACGAAGAUGUUCGACGGGAUGGCCAGUCCGGGCUUCGUGGCACCGCCCUUGAAGCCCAUUGAUGUUGCUCUUCCUCAGGUGCAGGCUGUGGUGGACGGGGAGGCCCGGCAUAUCAUGGUCCCCCGGGCAUUUGGACUGUUUUUGGGCUUUGUCAGGGCAUGGCCGUCGUGGGUUGGCGUUCUUUUGGCUAGAGCUGCGGGUGAGAUGACAGUUAAGGUUACAGGACAUGAUCCGUUGGCGUAG